UGGCCAGGACAGGGAGAGCCUCUCCUGGAGUUAGCGGGGGAGGAGGCUAGGUUGCAGGGGGAUGUGGGUCCCCCCCGCACGUUUUGAAAGAGCAGUGUGUUUCUUAAGUCUGCAGAAAAGCAAGUUUGGGUUUUUGAAGAUGAUGUCAGAAGAUUGGGAGUAAGCCAAAGAGAGCUCACUUAGUCGGUGAGGAGUACAAUUGAAUUCUGUUUGCAUUCAUCUUUUUCCAAGACAAAACAGAUUCUCUUAUCGUCUGGCUCAGAGAGAAUGGUACCCCAUCUUCACAUGCCUCAGGAUCUUCAUGGCUUAUCAUCUGCAGAUCAGCUUUCCUUAGUGCACUGGCCACACCAAUGUGAGGUCAUCAGGGACAGAAUUGAGCACAUUGACUGGACACCCCCUAGGCCUGAGCCAUUGUACACUCCAACAGGUUUGGAGAUGAAGCCAUCAUACCAACCCGCUGAUGAGGGCACUGUAAUUUAUCUGACAGAAGAAGCUAACAAAGACUCUGGUUUUGUGUAUUCUCGAGUGAGAGGACUCUGCCCCUCUAAGCAGAUCCUCCAUCAGAACGGGGACAACACAUUGAUCUUUGAAGCACGGUUUGAGAGUGGGAAUUUGCAGAAAGUGGUCAAAGUUAAUGAGUUUGAGUACCAGCUGACCCUGCGCACUGACCUCUACACAAGCAAAUACACGCAAUGGUUCUACUUCCACUUCACCAAGCCCAACAGCCUAUAUAAACGUGGGAUGCGCCCUCUCUUGUACUCAGAAGCUGAUGCCAAGAAACACAACGUUGGCUGGCGGAGGACAGGGAAUGAAAUUAAGUAUUACAGAAACAGUGCAGGCCAAGGUGGACGGCAGUAUUUCUCACUCACUUGGACAUUUCAGUUCCCUCACAACAGAGACACCUGCUAUUUUGCCCACUGCUAUCCUUACACCUACUCCAACCUACAGGAGUACCUGGUAGCCAUCUCUAAAGAUCCAGUGAAGUCCAAAUUCUGCAAGAUCCACAUCUUGUGCCAUUCUUUGGCAAGAAACAUAGUAUAUGUUUUAACAAUCACCAACCCCCAGGAAGGUGGCAAGGACACAAAGAAGAAGGCUGUGAUAUUAACUGCAAGGGUGCAUCCAGGGGAAACUAACAGUUCCUGGAUAAUGAAAGGCUUUCUGGAUUACAUUCUUGGCAGCUCAGGCAAUGCUCAAGUGCUCCGGGACAAUUUUGUCUUCAAAGUGGUACCGAUGUUGAAUCCAGAUGGUGUCAUUGUGGGAAAUCACCGUUGCUCUUUAGCAGGUCAGGACUUGAACCGCAAAUACAAAUCUAACCUGAAGGACUUUUAUCCUUCCAUCUGGUAUACCCGAAACAUGAUCAAAAGAGUGAUGGAGGAACGUGACAUUCUUUUGUAUUGUGAUCUCCAUGGUCACAACAGAAAAAAGAAUGUCUUUUUGUAUGGUUGUGAAAGAAAGCAGCAGGCAAAAGCACCAAAUUUGCAUCCACGUGUCUUUCCACUCUUGCUGAGCAAGAUCUGCCCAGAUAAGUUCUCAUUCCCAGACUGCCGUUUCAGAGUACAAAAGAGCAAAGAAGGCACAGGUCGGGUUGUAAUGUGGAAGAUGGGCAUCAGCAACAGCUACACUUUGGAAGCCUCUGUCUGUGGUUCGAAGUUGGGCCAGAGACGAAGCACCCAUUUCAAUACAAAGGACUUGGAGUCAGUAGGACACCAUUUCUGUGAUGCUCUCUUGGACUACUGUGUUCCUAACAUGAAGUAUUAUCUGUGCCUGAAGGAACACGAGGAAAUGGUGAAACAGCAAGCUAAGGUGAACUCUGAAGGCCUGAAUUCUGAUGUGUUAGACAGGGAUUCCAGCACCCAAACUUCUGACAGCUCAGACUCCUGUGAUCUUGUUGCGCACCAGCUAAAACUAGGUACUAAGAAUAAAACCAAAACAUCAAGAGAACGUUUUCGCAGGAUUGCUAAGGACAGAAGCCUUGCAAGCAACAAUACUCAAGGCAUUGAAACAUUACAUAAGAUAUUUCAGGAACUUGACCCAGUAGAAAGAGAACUGGACUGGAGUACUAUCCCCCAGCCUAUAGAACACUUUAUAUCCCAGAAUCUUUUUCUUCCUCCUACUGCUCUUCAAGAAAUGUGCUAUGCAAGUGAAAGAGGAGGGCUUAGAUCAGUCUCUGGAUGUCAUUCUCCAAAGAUGGAGAGCAGGUCAAGGGAGAAGGAAGAAAAGAGCCAGCACAGAGUAAAAAUGCCAAUUACAGCCUCUGUGAAGCAAGUAGGAGAGUGCUUCAGCUCUAAGAGACUUACCUAUGGUGCUGAAGGUAAUCAUGAAAAGCCAUCUAUGUCACAGGAGUCAAAAAAACGUGUGUCCCAUGCUGUAGUCCUAUCUACAAGAGAAAUUUUCCAUUCAUCCAGCUUUAAUCUGAUCUCCCAGAAGAUGAAGAACUAUGAAAGCAAAAGUGUCUCCAACUCUCCAAAGAAGACAUUUCAAUAUUCAAAAGGUCAUGAUCCUGAUGCAAAGAGCAGUUCAAGCAAGGAAGAAAGAAAAAUGAAGAAGAAGCUCCCCUCAAAAGCCACAAGGCCCAGCAAAAACAAGACAGCAAACCAAGAUGCAAAUUUUAGGAAGAGCGAAUCCUGCCAGGCACAAAAUACAUUGCAGUUCUUUCCGCCUUUAUUGCCUGAAGCAAAGGACAGGCAAUCUGCUGCAAAAUAUCAGGACGUAUUUUGGAACUUCAGUUCUUCAGCCAGUGAAGGCACCUGAAAGAAUGUCAUGUGUCUGAUUUGCCUAAACAAUUCUUAAGACUUUGAUUAUGGAUUAUGUCUCUACCAGUGAGGGCGCAGGUAUCUGCAGAAACCAAAGUUUUUCCUGCUCUUUUUUUUCCUGAAAAACAGUUCACACACAGUUGGGUAAUGAACACACGAAAGUUUCUGUCAGUACAUGAACAAGCACCUCGCCUUCUAAACCAGUUUAGCUGGGAGCGUCUCCUCAGUAUAAACUAUCAUUGGUCUUAAUACAUACUUUUUUGUGUGAGGCAGAGUCCACUUUCUGAAAGAGCAGGGAGAAGAGCUAAGUCUCUUUUGCUUCUUCAGCUCUGUUUGGAAGUUUCCCUAAGAUUCGCAAGGAGAGGGAUUAGUCACUGAGGAGCUGGUCAUAGCAGAGAAACUGGAGAGUCAUAAGCCCUUUUGCCCAGGAACCAAAUACAUUUUACACUCAAAAACAUUUGACAAAAUCUCUACGCAGUCAGUCGAUCUGUGGAACUUUUUGCUAAAGGAUAUUGAGGAUGCAAAAAAUAUAUGUGGAUUCAAGGGGACACAUACUUCGAUGAUAGACCAUUGGGGAGGGUUUUAAAUAGACAGGCCACGUGUGGCGUGGGAAAUCUCCUCAGCUGAAGAGUGAGAGUCUAGGAGAGCGCUUGGGAAGAGUACCCUAUAUAGUUGUUCUGUUCCUACUCUAACCGGGGCAUCCACAUAUAGUCGCUGUGGAGACAGGGAGCUGUGAAAGAUAGCCCCUUGCUCUAAACCAGUAUGGCCAUUUUUAUUUAUUCGUUACAGUCAUAAACCUGCCUAGUUUGUGGUUUCUUAAGGCAUAUUACACUGUGCAGACACUUGAGAAAUGAAAAACAUCCUUCUUAAGACAGGUGUUGAGUUUUGUCUCCUCGAAUUUCCUAACACUUAAAACUGUCCAGUAAGCAAUCCAAUAGGCUUCCUCUCUCUACCUCCUCUGUGUCUCUAGAGCGUAUUCCAUUUUAACUCCAAAGCUAGAUCCUACUGCUGCAAAAUCAGGGCCAUCAUGAUUUUUUAGCGUUGGAGAGGGGCCAUGCUAGAUUUUGCCAAUAAUAAAUAAAACCUUAUCUGCCAGAAGAAAGAAUUGGCCGAGUGGUUGGAACUGCAAAGUGUAGCCAUUGAGUCAUCUUGCAGGGAUGGCUCUAAUGCAAGUGGAAUAGUAUCAAGUAUACACCGGAUAGCAAUUGACAAGUCUUGUUUUUCCACACAGAUCAGACCUAGAUCUUCUUUCAAAUGUGAAGGGGAACCUAGCCAUGUCUAAAGUAUCAAACAGGGCAAUUUUAGUACCCCGGUAUCACAAGAAAGAAACAUCACAUGCAGCCCCUCUGUUGUGUGCUGUACAAGAGACAACAGACAAAAUCAUAUUGUGCUACAGCAAGACAAAUGCAGUAACCAAGACAAGAAAUGUAGGCGCAGGCUCUUACAAGGCCUCCCAGAAGGCAAUUGAACCAGUUUUCUGUUAGGGUUAGAAAGGGACGCAAGUACUAUUAAAGAAUGGUACCUUCCAAGCUAAAGUCUACAGCCAGACUGGGCACCAGUCCUGGGGAGUGAGUUCUGGGAGGCUCAUGUCCUGUACCCUGAGGGAUUGGGAUUCUGUCUUGUGCAGCCCUAAAUGCAGCACCUGUGUAGACAGCACAAAGCCAUCUAGCUUUGCACUGCCUUGGACCGCGGCUCUUAGAUUGCCAGGGACUUCAUAACUGCUGUAGUAAGAAAUGUGUAGAGUUGGUUUGGUUUCAUUUAGAUUUAUUUAUUUUUAAUUGUGAACAGAUUACAGUUGAGA